AUGGCGGGACGACGGGACGAUCCGAGCCUAUCGCGGCACGCGUCCGCGCCCAGCCGCGCGCGAAGCCUCCACCUCCAAGCCUUCCAAUUCUGCAAGCACUCGACUUACUUAUUUGCCAACGACUGCCAUCACACACUGCGGUCUGUCGUACAUUUCAGCGCGCGUUUCGAGCUUAAAGCUUCGGCGGCCUGCGAUUAUGGGAACCGCUCCCCUUUCAUGAGCUGCGCCACAGGACUGCGACCCUCUGCGACCCACUUGCGACCCUCGAUCCGGCAUUCUAUUCUCGCCCACUCUACGCCCGCAGGCGCUCGGCUACCCCGCAUCGAGACGCAGGAAGGAGAACUGGUGAUCCACCAGGGGUCCCCGUUUUCGCCCUCCGCCGCCGCGACCCUUCGAUCUUGGUUUGUCCGCUGUCCGCUGCUGCCCGUCAGUCGCUCAAGCUACGGCUGGCAAGCCACGCUCUGCAACCGCGAACGCAAGCCAGCAUCCAGGCAACAAGCUCCGCACUUCCCGCCCGCUGCCGCAGCGACCCCGCGACCUCCGUUCGUCCGCUCGCGCCUUCGCUGGCCAGAAGCGGCAAGUCAUGCCCCGCAAUUAUCGCACGAGGGCGAGCCAGGCUUUCAUUUGGGCGACGAGCUUUGUGCCACGCCGCGGCCGUCGAAACCUAGUCUCGCUGCCGACAGACCAGCACCGAAGGCACUCGUCGACUUCGGCUUCGGCUUCGGCUUCUAA